GAGUCCCUUCCGGACUGUCCGGAGAUGCAUCCGUCUCUGGCGAGUGCUCGCGCGAAAGGUCGCGAAUUCGUCCAAUGUCUUCUGCAUCCCAGCAGUAUCAAACUCUUCUCUAAUAAAACUCACGUCAAGGCCGAAUUACGACCCUAUCAGAAGGAGGGUGUGAAUUGGCUGCUGUUUCUGCAAAAGUACGGCCUCAACGGCAUCCUUGCAGACGAUCUGGGUCUGGGCAAAACCCUGCAGACCAUCUGUGUCCUAGUCAGUCACCAUAGGAGUCGGCGAAAACGUGGCGGUGGCGCCUCACUCGUCGUUUGUCCCGCCACCCUCUGCAGCCAUUGGCUCCACGAAAUCGACAAAUUUGCCGGGUCUCCGCGCUGUGGUCUGCGUCCAAUCAUCUACCAGGGCACUCUGGAUCAGCGUCUGCAGUUGCAGUCGACUCUGUCGGACUACAAUAUUGUUAUCACCACCUACGAUUUGGUGCGGAAUGAUCUGUAUUUUUUCGAAGAGACCUUCUGGGAGUACCUCAUUCUUGACGAGGGUCACAUGAUCAAGAAUAGCAAGUCCAAGGUUGGUUUCUACUUAUCAAUUUGUCUGUUUUAUUUAUAA